CCACUAAGAUCGCUCGGCUCGCUCCACGGCAGCAGCAGCAGACGAGUGACUGAACACAAGUCACCCUGAACACACCAGUGUGACAACAUCCACACUUUCGGUUUGGCGGUGACAGUUGUUGUUUGUCAUUCGGUGGCUGUAGUAAAACAGCACGCUCCUCACAUUUUCACGCAGGAAAAAGGGAAAAAAACUAACACAGUUUAGCAGCUCGUUAGCUAAGCUUUAGCAACCGAAAGCCACAUGGAUCCUCAGAACGCCGACACUAAUAACGCUGAGGGGCAGCAGGCGCUGUUUAACCACGGCAAGGCCCUCCGACUCCACACCGGCAAUUUGGUGAACCGGAGCCGGCUGAAGAAGAAGUGCCCAGGCUCUCCCAGCGAGGAGCUCCGUGACUGCAUCCAAGCCACACUGAGGGACUGGUUGUCGUUGGCUAAAACUACAAACGCAGACUUUCCAGACACACUGGACUGCUGUAUCCCAGAGGAAACGGAUGCUAUCACACCUGAAGAGAGAGCCGAAGUGAAGGUUUCAGUGAAGCUCUUCCUCUGUGAGUCGGGCCAGUCGGCUAUCAGAGACGCCGUGGAGAUGGCUUGCCAGACGCUGGCGGUGUCUCAGCUCGACUCCGUCAUCAUAGUGCCCCCUGGCCCCGUGGAAGGUGACGGCCAGACUCUGGCUCACCUGCAGCCGGCGUGGGAGCAGCUGGAGGCUCUGGUCAGGAAGCAGAAGAUCGCCGCCAUCGGCACGUCUGACCUGGACAAAGAGCUGCUGGAGCAGCUCUACAACUGGGCCCAGGUGAAGCCCAGCAGUAACCAGGUCAACCUGGCGUCCUGCUGUGUGAUGCCUCCUGAUCUGACAGCCUUCGCCAAAGAGUUCGACAUCCAGCUGCUCACACACAACGACCCCAAAGAGCUGAUGUCAGCAGCCGCAUUCCAGGAGGCGAUGCAGGAAGGAUUGCCGGGCCUGAGCACCACCGACUGGAGGCUGGAGUGGGUCCUCCGCUACUCCGUCAUCGUUAAGAGCCGCGGCAUCAUCAAAUCCAAGGGUUACCUGGUCAGCGCGAGGAGGGCAAGCCCCUAGCACUCAGAGAGGGAGAGUGGAAGGAAUACACACGGAUGAAGCCAUUUUCCUCAGAAAGUUACAGCUCCGAUUAAUGGACAGUGAAAGUCGUGUAAUUUACAUUUUCCUCCCGAUGAAGUCACAUCUGCCUCGUUUCUGACUGCUCAACAGAUGCACUUAAUGGUUACCAGUAUCCCAGUGAAGUAACACAAACACUUGGUGAUUCACCACCGUCGGCAGAAUCUCUCUGACGGUUUCAUUUCCGUUUAUAUGUACAGCACCAACUCACGUCAUCUCACGGCACUUUACAAACUCAACUCUGUUAAAUCAUCCAGACAGGCUGGUGGAAAGUUUUCCUCUCUGGGGGAAACGCACCGACUUGCAGCAUUCACUACUCCGGGAUGAGCAUGCAGCGACGGUGGACAGUCGCUCGCUGUUUGUCGUUGACUACCAGCCGCUCAGAAACACAGUAAAUGAUGUUUAUUAAUGCAAACUUAUAGUUGGAGGUCGCUUAAUUGUGUCUUGAUGUAAAGUGCCUCUCUACUGCUCCCUUCUGUUCUUAGACUUGUCUGCUUUCCACUUGAUCCGUGGGAAUGCAGCGUUGAAUAUAAUUGAGUAAAAGCUUUAUUGGUAAUGUAAAUAAGAUUAAAAAGAAUAAAAUGAUUUCUCUAAUUUUGACGAUAUCUAAUAGUUUUAACAGAAACUGAAAUUGGAGAACAUUUUUUUUCCCCCAGCUUUUUGGAUUACACAAUCAUUCCAUUAGUUUAGAAACAUGACGCACACUGUGGUGGUUAAGUUAAUUUUAUGAUUACUUUGUGGGGAAAUGUGCAGCGCUGGAUGUAGAACUGUGUAGUUUAUCACACUUUCUAACCAGUUUUCUAGAUUCAGUGACAUGUUUAAUGUAAUUUAGCUCAAACGCAGAGGACUAAUUUUAGAGUAAAGCAAUAUUAUCAGAUGAACUAGAUGGCUUAUGUCCUUUUUAUAUGUUGUGAUUACAGCACUGAAGACUCCACGCGAAGAAGAUGUGGACAAUCCGUUUUUAUGUUAUGAAAUGCACCGCCUUUGCAGCCGGGUCCAUUACGCCCACUGAAAACUCGAUUUUAUCGACAUAUAUUUAAAAGGCUAUAUCUGUAUAUUAUUAGUUUUUGACUCAUUGGUCUUAAAGCUGGAAAAGACCCUUUUGAUUGUAAAACAGAUGCAUAUGAAAUGUAACCAUUAUUAAGUACUUGUUAAUUAUAUUUUGAUGGGUUCUAAUCAGCUCGUUUUGAAUAUUUGUACUACACUAACUGGACUCUCACAACAGGUUUUACAACAAAUCAUUUGAUAAAGUAUGUUUAAACACUGAAACUACUCCAAUGGUUCCUACACAGUCUGGAGUUGUGUUUUUUUUUUUUUUUUUGUCCUUUACAUACGUAUGUCCAAAAUUCCGCUUUUCUGGCAUUCCUUGGCACCUCGUAUACUUUUCUUUCUUUCCUCUUUCCCAUAGGCUGUCUCUGUAAUCAUUGUUCUUUCCUUGCUCCUUUGUUUCCUUCCUUUCUUCCCCUCAUUGCUGUACUUUUGUCUAUCCCUCCUUUAGUUCCUUCUAUCUUUCCUUUAUUUUCUCUUUUUUGCUUUAUUAUUCUCUUUCCCUUGUAUUUUCCUUCCUUUGGUCCUUCCAUCUCUAUGUCCUAAAUUCCUCCAUUGUGUCCUUCAUGUUUCCUAUCCUUGUGUCCUUUCUUCCUUCCAUUCUCUGCAUGUUCUAAGUUCAGCAUUUAGAGGCGACCCACUGUGGAAAUGUCUGCACAUGGUUUUUAUGGUGAUUUCUGGUAUUUUAGGUUUUAAAGGCCAGAGAACUCUGGAAAAUA